UCUCCUCAGGGCGCUCUUGUGGCGGGCCCGGCCGCGCUGGGCGCUGCGGGCCCGGCGGGCGAUGCCGUGCGGGCAGCCGGAGAGCGGCGGCACCGCCGCCCCCGCGCGGUACGUGCUGGGGGUGGACGUGGGCAGCACGGCGGUCAAGUGCCACGUCUACGACCGGGCGGCCGCCGUCAGGGGCUCCAGCUGCAGGAAGGUAGAGUCGCUUUAUCCUCGUCCUGGCUGGGUGGAGUUAGAUCCCGAAGUCCUGUGGAGUCAAUUUAUUGGUGUAAUAAAAGAAGCGGUGCAAGCUGCAGGACUUCACAUGAGGCAAGUUGCUGGUCUUGGUAUCUCAACACAGAGAGCAACGUUCAUUACGUGGCACAAGAAGACAGGGAAACCUUUUCAUAAUUUCAUAAGCUGGCAAGACUUGAGAAGUGCUGAACUUGUGAAUUCCUGGAAUAGAUCCCUUCUGCUGAAGGUAAUCCAUGUUAUUUUUACACUGCUUCAUUUCUUGACUGGGAACGAUCGAUAUUUGGCUCCCAGUUUUCUUACUUUUUCAACACACCAGACUUCUAUGAAGUUGUCAUGGGUUUUCAAAAAUAUACCUGAGGCUGCUGAAGCUGCCAAAAAAAAUAACUGCUGCUUUGGAACUGUUGACACGUGGUUACUGUAUAGGUUGACUAAAGGUUCUGUAUAUGCCACAGACUACUCAAAUGCUAGUUCUACAGGCAUUUUUGAACCGUUCACGAAAUGUUGGAACCCCACUUUGUCUAAUUUACUUUCCAUUCCUAUGUCUGUUUAUCCUCCAGUGAAAGACACGAGCUUCAAUUUUGGAUCAGCUGACUCUGAAAUAUUUGGGGUACCUGUUCCAAUAACAUCAUUGGUAGCUGACCAGCAGUCUGCCAUGUUUGGAGAAUGCUGCUUCCACCCGGGAGACGUUAAACUGACGAUGGGAACAGGUGGCUUCUGGAACAUUAACACUGGAGGGAAUCUCUAUGCAUCAAAGAGAGAUCUGUAUCCACUGAUUGGUUGGAAGAUUGGGGAUGAAGUUGUCUACAUAACUGAAGGCUGUAUGUCAGACGUUGGCAAUGCCAUAAAAUGGGCUCAGGAUAUAAAUCUUUUCACCAAUGUAGAUGAAACAGCAGAAAUGGCACGGAGUAUUGCUGAUUCUCAAGGCGUUUGUUUUGUUCCAGGUUUUCAGGUUUCUGUGAAUGACCCGUAUUUAUGUGCCUCUUUCAUGGGGCUGAAACCUACUACAAGCAGAAACCACCUUGUACGAGCAAUACUGGAAUCCAUAGCUUUCAGAGCCGAUGGAGGCGUCAGUAAUAAUAGUUUUGUCAUGCAGAUGACUUCAGAUUUGAUUAAUAAGAAAAUAGAAAAGCCUACAAACACAGAUAUGUCUAGUCUUGGUGCAGCUUUUCUAGCAGGUCUUGCUUCAGGACUUUGGACUGACAAAGAACAACUCAAGAAGCUGAGGCGAAUAGAAGCAGUUUUUGAGCCCCAGAAGGACUUGGAGGAAUACAGACCUGCUAUGGAUACCUGGAUGCACGCAGUGAAACGCUCCCUGCACUGGUAGAAACUGGCAUUUUAACCAUAGAAGGAUUCAAAUGUUUUGUUAAUAUUUAUAAAACUUUGUAAUUAACAGGACAGUAAAAACUGUAACUGAAAUUUGUGAUGGUAAAUAGAAAUGUUACAUGGUACUUGAGUAACCUUCCUGCUGCUACAUUACUUAGCACUCCAUAAUGAGCCUUCAUAUUGUCUUCAUGACAGCUGUAGACCAGCUGCAGCAUUUGUGUCCCUUCAGUGACCUCCUUUGGGUGGCCCAGCUGCUUGAAUCCUAUAACCAUGCAUUAGAGAUGGGGAGUUCUUUCCUAUGAUGUGUUUUCUUCUGAGGAACUCACCUCCCUUCUGAUCUUUGAAAGCUUUGAUAUGUUAACCAUCAAGGAGGGGAAAAAGGGACACAUACUUCCCCAGGUAUUUCUAAGAAAAGUAAAAUGAACAUUUGGAGGGGAGCUGUGGAAUUGGUUGUGUAUAAAGAUACUUUCAUGAUAGUAGCCUGUUAGCACAUUUUGUUUGACUUUGUAAGGAAGCAUUCGACCUAGCGGUGUGAUAACAUUUUAGUGGUACUUAGGGAUCAGCACUAAAUUAAGAUGAAAUACAAAAGCAAAUAUGCUUUCAGGACUCCAUAAAAGAUGCAUCUCUCCAGGGUUUUUUGUAGCUCAUGUUUCCUGUCUAUUUGGAGCUAUUUUUUUAAAAGUUAUUAAAAAAAAAUGCAUUAUCUGGCAUGAUUAUAUGAAUAUGUUAAAUAUCUGUACAGGUAUGCUGUCUGACUUUUUAAAAGAAAACUGUAACAUUAGUAUUUUCAAGUCCCUCACUUCACUCACUACGUUCUAUUAUUAUUAGAUGAAACGGUCAAAAGUCUAUUUUUGGAGUUAUUAAUUUUAUACUUUUAAAACAAAUUGUAAUUAAAGAAA